AUGGAUAAGAAAAGUUCGAGACAAACACCUACGUUUUCGGACAAUGAUGAAGAGAGAUUAAAACCUAUUGAUGCCCAAGGCAAAGCUGUGAAAUUCUCAAAGCCAGAAAAUAUAUUUGAAAAGCUUCGAAACAGAAGAAAUGAGAGGAAUACAAAUCAGCAAGGAGCAAACGUGGAGGUUUGUCAUUGAUGACUUUUAUUAGAUCGAUUAUUUUUGCUGAACUAGUUAAGACAGAGAAGCAGACUUUAAAACUGCCGGGCCGAUUCGAACAAGAGACACCAAGUAAAUCCUGUGAUAGAAGAACAUUGACGUUUGUUUCCUUUAAGCCCCUGUUUCGUGGUGCGUCUUUAACGUUUAAGCGAGUCUUUUGAUUAGAGAAAACAAGUAGAAUUACCUUUUGGACAAGGGGCCAGUGAAAGUUUUUAUCUAAGUGAUUUCAUAAUCGUGCAGGGCAGUCAAAACAAACAACUACUCAUUAGCCCUAACAUUUCUGUCUUAUAAGCUUGAAUAAUUUAUGAAAUUUUCGUGGUUUCUGGUGAAAACUGCCGUAGGAGCAUUUUUAUAUAGGAUAUGCAACGUUUCUAUUUAUCUCAUGAUUAGGCGUGAAUCGCAAGCUGUAUAGUUAUUUUAUCAACGCGUCAUAAUGCGUCAAAUCUUUUUAAGUUGUUUAAUCGCUCUUUCGGGUGUUUGCCACAUUAUUUCCGCAGAGUAGUGCUUGCCGGAAUAUAAAAAGGCAGGGUUAGAUAAAAAAUAGAUUAGAGAAAACCACAAAAAGUUUGAAGCUUUUUCCUUUCUCCCACUUCGAGACUAUCAUUCCUCGCCGCUACAAAAAUCAGUAAACCUAGGAAAACACCUCUGUAAUUGUCGUUCACAAAUGCCGACAUAUUUAAUGAGUUUACUCAAAGACAUCUCAUCGACACGCUUUGACAAAGGCUUUUCCUUAGACAUUUACUUAGAGCUGACAUCUUUAUAGCCUGUUCACAACCUAUAAAUGACACUUUGAGCGACGUUGACUAAGCGCUAGACUGUCUAACAUGUCACGCUGAUUAUAGCAGUGGUUUUUGUUGUUUUUUCUGUUGUUAUGAACCAGAAGUAAAUUGAAAAAGAACGGUAGAUCCCAAACUAUUCUCACGAUCUAAUAAAUUUGAUAUUUUAGUGUGUGGGUUCAAAUUAGUUUCCUUCAUUUUGUCAAAGUGUAUUUACUUACAAUCGCACAAUGCACACAAAUCGUUAUGAAAUCUGAGUUCUAUUGCCGCUUUCAGCCCCAGUUGUGCUCACUAGUAAGAAAUUCAGUGGUCACUCUAUAAAUGUAUUAAAAAUUGUCUUAAUUGCUAGUAAGGCCAUUAGCUAAUGGAUGGAUUAGCAAGUAGUCUGGUUGGCGCCUGCUAAAGAAAAGAAGUGAUCUUUCUUCAAUAACAUUGAAAAGAGAUUACAAUUGUCAUAAUAACCACAAUAGCUUAAUUAUAGGUGAAACACGAUUUCUUAAUUGCUGAGGUAAAAGGAUUUAGGAAGUUAUUACGUUCACAUUGUAGUACAAUACGAACUUUUGGCUCAAUUUUGCGAAAUAUCGUGCAAGUCUUUGACAUAAACAAAGCACCUGAUCAACUCUUUAUACCCUAAUAUCAGAAUGCAUAUCCUCCAUAAUGUUUUACAUCCAUGUCUUAAGGCGCUGACAAGGAGAAUUUGUUUAACAAUCAAGAGCUUAUCAAGUUGGUGAUCAUUUCCUUUAAUGUCGUGACCGUAAUGUUUGAAUCAGGGGUGAUAUUGUAAGGAGAAAUUAGAUGCUAGUCACUCGAAGGGUUUAAUUCCUCGACCGCAUGGUAAAACUAACUACUUUUUGACAGAAACAAAAAUACCCUAACAUUACCCAGCUACAGGCUUAUAUUGGACAGGAGAUGGACUGGGACUGGAGAUGGAACACUCAAGUUAAUUUCCACCCAGCUCGAUGAGUGGCACACAAUUUUUCGUUAAAAAAGCCGGUUAUUUCCACACGUUUAUCUAAAGGCUCAGUGUUUUGAUAUGCAGAAUCAAACUAAGUUAAAGGAGCGAAGUAACCUUGAAUUCAACAAAGUUUAAAGCGGUUAAAUAGCAAAUUCAGGCAUUUCAUUAAUCAAUGUCGACGUAUGGUGGGCGUAAAAACUUGGGCUGGAGAUGAACAGGAGCUACUCACGGUACACUAGUGAGCAACUCUGUCUUCUCAGUGAAUGUAUUUGGGCAACAGGAAACCGUUAAGAUAUGAAAACCAUCUUCACAUAGCUUGAAGUCUUUGUCCUAUUUUGUUAACGUCUUGAGUUUCCCUAAUAUCUUGAGUUUCCAGCGUGAAUACAUAAGUAAACAUUAGUUUCUCUACAUCUUAGCAGGAAGAUACUUCUACCUCAUCCAGAAUAUUGAAGAACACAUUGCAACACGGGAGGCCUGAAAGGAUCGACACAGAAAGUCAUUUUAACACUUCUUCAACCCAAGCAAAAUUAAAGUAGGUUAAUUUCUUCUUGGUGAUGUAUUUUUCGAGGCUUAAAAAAAGUAUUCUCUGAAGGUUCUGAGCAAACUUUUUUUUUGUUUUUCAUUUAGAACUCUGGGUAGUCCACCCGAUGGAGAAGCUACUGAAAGUCCGCGUCUUAAACAGUCUUUGUCAGUACCAUCCAUAUCAGUCACAAGAGAGAUAAAAGAGUUUAUUCCGAUCGGUCAUCUUAAAGUAAACCCUCAGAAAACCGAAGACAAAAGGUACCUCUGUGUUUCCACCCCCUCAAUCCUUACAGUUGUGAAGGAAAAUCUUAAGAUGAUAGGGGAAACCGUUAGCCAUGUGGGUACUCCAGUUAUGAUGAGAGCACCUAACAAAGUACAAUUAAGUUCCAGUCCUCAAUUUCUGCGGGCAAUGAGCCCGGUGGCUUGCUUUACCAAACCUCCAGGGAAUAAAAAUGCUUCUAAUGUUAAUCAAAGCAAAUUCGUCAACGUCUCUGUAAUUCAACCGUCAACGAGAGCAGAAAUAACUUCGGGUGAGCUCGAUUCGGCAGUGGAAAGCAGAAAUAUUAUGACUAAAGAGAAACUGAAAAUUAAAUCACUUGAGGAGCAAAUGGUUGCAAAGGAGAACGAAGUGCUACCUUCAGCAAAACAACAAGGAAGCCCUAUUCUUCAGCGAGUACGAAGCCUCUCGUGCUUAAGCAAAGAGCCAAAUAGUGCUGCCGAAGUCAAGAUCGUCGACAACUCAAAUGUCUCCACGCAUUCUAACAGUCCACAGUCGAUGGAGGUGGGUACUGCCGUUAUGGUCAUCAAUGAGGAAGAAAGACAGAGAGAAGUGCCCAAAGGAACUAGAAGUCCACAAUUAAAAAGGGUUAAUAAAGUUGGUGCUAUGGUUGAUUGUUGGCAGAAAAACAAAAAAGUGACGUUUACAGCGCCCAGAAGUCCACAACUGAGGAGGGCAAAUAAACUCAACGCCAUGGUUGACUCUGGAGAUAAAAAAUCCCAGAGAGAGAUUCACACAGGGGCCAGAAGCCCAAAAUUAAAGAAGGCCGAUACACUUAAGGUUUUGUUUGACUCUGUGGAGAAAAGUUACAAAGAGUUAAAGAAAGACCCUAGAUUGUCAACUUCACAAUUAAAGCGGGCCGAUAUACCAAACGUUGAGACUGACACUGGGGAGAAAAGGGAAAAAGAGAUGCACACAGAGCCCAAAAGCCCACGCUCAAAGAGAACCAAUAAAGUUAAAGUUAGUUUUGACGAUGGGGAAAAUGGGGGAAAAAAGGAGCAUGUAAGGUCAAGUUGCUCACAAUUAAAGGAAACGAAUACAUCCAGCGGUGUGGUCUUUUCGAUGGAGGAAGAGGAAAACGAUACAAACUUAAUGCCCAGAAAUUCAGAGUUAAAGAAGACCGAUACACCAAGUGGUACAGUUAACUCUGAAAAGGAAUCACAAAAUGAAACACAAAUAGAUAUCAUAAAAGCCCAAGAUCAAGAAGGGGAGUUAUUUCCGAAGGAAACGAAACUACAUAGCUCUGAUGGCUCUUCUAGUAAUUCUCUGACUCCAUCAUCACCAAAACUACAGUCGACUUCUCGAAACCCUCCUCUCCAACCCGAACGAAACUCGUCUGGUUCAACCAUCGUCUCAAAUGAUGCUAACAGUUUGGACAAGAGCAAAAUUUACAGAAGUCCUAAACUGAACAGAGCUAGGGCAUGCGCCAGGCUUGUGGCCUUUGAUCCGUGGAUCAACGAGCAUGGUACUUUGGGAGAACAGACCUCAAGCUGCAAAGGCAUUUACAAGGUCAACAGGAGCCGAAGCCUUUCAGUACCUUUGGCUGAAAAAUCAGAAAAAGAAAACGACAAUUAUCCUAAAAAAGAAACCGUACAGCAAGAAAACCACGACAGGAAUAACUUUGCUAAAAUAUGUGAUCACGUGCCACUUCCAUCUAAUCAAAAGCAAACUCGAUAUCUUCUGUCAACUGAUGAAGUUUCAUUCAUGCGUAAAUCCACAGGUGACAUUCAGGAGGCUUUACAAACUUGCUCAAAGGAAUUGGAACCACUGUGGGACCCUUUUGAGGAAGUAGAAAGCGCGAUGGGUUUUGAAAUCAACCAACCGAACGAAACUUCGAUAGAACAAGGCUCCUAUAACCAAAUGACCCUUUCGCCUUGCGCAGACAGACGACCCGCCUACAGGACUCGCGCAUCGUCCAUGUCAAAAGUUCACGAGGCCUCUGACGAUAAAAUUUUUGCUGGUAAUUUAACAGCCUUUACCCUUAAAACACAACUUUCAGCAUUCCACAAGCCAGUCAAAUUUCGAGAAAUAACGGAGCCUCUAAAAAAGUCGAAAUGGUUUCAUGCCCUAUCUCAAAUUCGUUCUGAUGGCGACUUUAGGACUGCCAUGUUGGAAAUACAAAAACAAAAAGAACGAGAGAAAGCUUCGGGGAAAAAGAAACCGUCUGUGGCGGCUUCUUUCGAGGAAAUUAGACGUUGUAGGUAUUUGAGGAUACCAGAACAUUAUCAGGUUCAAAGUAAGGCGUUUCAAGAUUCCUCAAGCGACGUUGAUUGGCAUAAGUGA